UAUGACUUGAAACACUUCAAAUUAUAAAGAGGCAAAGAUCUCUCUUCCCGCAACAUAAAAACAAAGAAAAUGGACAAGACUGAUCAAAAUGUUAACCGAACGGAGAGAACUGUAGAGACGGUCCUGCGAGUCGCAUCAAUGGCUCUAAGUAUUGCGAGUCUCGUGAUCAUGAUCAAAAACUCUAUCUCCAAUGACUUUGGCUCUCUUUCUUACUCAACUCUUGGAGCUUUCAAGUAUUUGGUGAAUACUAAUGGAGUUUGUGCUACAUAUUCUCUUCUUUCUGCUAUCUUUUUAAUAGCGAUUCCAUGUCGUAUAAGCAAGCCCAGACUCUGGACAGUGUUCUUGCUUGACCAAGUGGUCACGUAUGCGGUUCUAGCGGCUGGGGCUGUAUCUGCAGAGACGGUAUAUUUAGCAUAUAAAGGAAACUUGAACAUCACUUGGAGCUCUGCUUGUGAUUAUUAUGGAAUCUUCUGUCACAAGGCACUAGUCUCGGUUAUAUUAGCACUCCUUGUGUCUGUUCUUUACGUGUCGCUCUCAUUCAUCUCUUCCUAUAGACUCUUUAGCAGAUUUGAAGCACCUAAGCAGUGAAAGAAAGAAACACAUAAGCAGGAGGAAGGUACAUGUAUACGAAAAACUUCUUUGGGCAAAAUGAAUGUGAAAGUUGAAUAAAAGAGUAACUGAUAUUAAGGUUUUGUUUCGCUAA